AUGGGUAUCAAGGGUCUCAAUGGGAUCAUCAUGGAGUCCGCGCCGCUGGCCGUGCGCAGGAGCGAGAUGAAGGCGUUUUUCGGGCGGAAAGUGGCCAUUGACGCGUCGAUGUCGCUGUACCAGUUCCUGAUCGCCGUGAGGCAGCAAGACGGCGGUCAAUUGACUGACGCUGAAGGCGGUACGACGUCGCAUUUGAUGGGUAUGUUCUAUAGGACUCUGAGGAUGGUCGAUAACGGGAUUAAACCGUGCUACGUGUUUGAUGGUGCGCCGCCCGCGUUGAAGCAGCACGAGUUGGGGAAGCGGACGCAGAGGCGUGCUGAGACGGAGCAGCGGCUCAAGGAGGCGACUGACCUUGCGGAGAAGGCGAAACAGGAGAGGCGGCUCGUGAAGGUCUCGAAGGAACACAACGAGGAGGCGAAGAAACUUUUAGGGCUUAUGGGGGUCCCCUACGUGGACGCUCCGGGGGAGGCAGAGGCACAGUGUGCUGAGUUGGCCAAAGGUGGGAAAGUGUACGCCGCUGCAAGUGAGGAUAUGGACACUCUGUGUUACAAGACGCCGUACCUUUUGCGGCACCUGACCUUCUCAGAGGCGAAGAAGGAACCCGUCCAAGAAAUAGACACCCUUGCGGUGCUCGACGCCAUGGAACUCACGAUAGAACAGUUUGUCGACUUGGGGAUCAUGCUUGGGUGCGACUACUGUGAGAGUAUCAGGGGGGUCGGCCCAGUGACCGCCUUAAAACUGAUCCGCGAACACAAAUCCCUCGAGGGGAUAGUACAGUAUAUAGACUCUGGCAGCAACGAGAAGUGGAAAGUGCCCGAGAACUGGCCUUACAAGGAGGUCCGCAAGUUGUUCUUGGACCCGGACGUGACCCCAGCAAGCGAGAUCACACUUAAAUGGGAGCCGCCCCAGGAGGAAGAGCUUGUCAAGUACCUUUGUGGCGAGAAACUGUUCAGCGAGGAGCGUGUUCGUAGCGGUGUCAAGAGGCUCCGCGCCGGUCUCAAAUCUGGAGUCCAGGGAAGACUCGACGGGUUCUUCAAAGUCGUCCCCAAGACGAAGGAACAGCAGGCUGCCGCCGCGGCGAGAGCAAAGGCCGCCAGGAAAACGACAAAGAAGAACGGCAAAGUCACCAAAGCAAGACGCUGA